AUGGACUGGAGUAUUUCAAAAGCUGUCAAAAGUGUCCAUGACAUUCGACCAGUGACCCGUAUUCUUUCUUUUGCUUACCGCCCUUCAAACUCUAAGGAAGUGUCUUCUCUGUCGAUYGCCUUCUAUUGGAUUUAUCGUUAUAUCAUGUAUAAAAAUAAAAUGCCUGCAUCAACUAAAAUUGAAGAUCAAGGUAAUGCCUCAUGGUAUUUCAAGAAAACGGACGAGGAUGGYAUUUUCGUCAAAAUUAACGAAAGCCRGUUGAAAACGACUACGRGGGAAUUGACUGAAAAUGUCGUAAACGUGGAGAUCCGACAAUCUCCACGUCGCAAUCAAAAGGACCAGGAUGUACUGUUGAUAACUUGUGAAAAUAUUAUGGCCGUGUCCGGCGAGUCAAAAUUUUAUUUCAAAUUACAAAAUUUUGAUUGUAAAGYGACACCAUUUGCUGCACUGUUUGCAGACUCGACUUCAAACAGCAAAGAGUUUGUGAACAAAUUCAAACAACUAACGAAAAAAGAAGCUGGUUAUACCGUGAAACCAGUUGGAAAGCCUAAAGGGCCUGCGAUAUUAACCCCACCAGUCAAGAGGUCAGUAAAGGAGGGGCCUAGCAUGGAACCAGGGGAGGUAAAAGACCUCAUAUCUCCUGCAAAAAAGAGACGUYGCGCCGAAAAUCUUGAUGAAGAGAUUGCAGCUCAUCAUCUAGGAAAAUACAAACUGAAACUGGAUCAACUUUCGGACUGCCCAGAAACGUGGCUGGAUAGGCCAAUUGACAGCGAAGCAGUGGACRACCUUGUUGACAAAAUAAAAGACAAGUCUGCCCUUCAAAACGAGACGCAGUCGUGGCUUGCCAUUGCCAAUAUUAGUAAAGAGGAUUUAAUUGAUGGCCAGGCGAUGAAAGGCCUGUUAAAGGUYUGCACCAUACAAAUCAUUGGGGGACGUCAUCGUCAUGCGGCAUACAUGAAGCUGAGGAAACAGAAUGAUCCAAUCAUCAGUGCGCAACUUGAAAAAGUUUGGGUGUCAGUCUAUGACAACAAACUAUCAGAUGAACAAAUCAAGAGACUUGCGCACAUCCACAACUUCAUGGACGAAGGAAGCAGGAAAACACAGUGGGUGGAAAGAGUGCAAACCUGCAGAAAGUGGGCAUAUGCGAUGGCCAAUCAAAAUUACGAGGAAGACCCAACUCCAGAGUCCUCACUUGAGUGGAGAAAAUCCUGCCAAACAAUGUUUGUCAAUGCAGAAAAGGAUGUUGCCAGUUUGGAGCCCACGUUACAAGCUGCACUCCUAUCAAAGCCUGUGUGGGACUUGUUCGUCCAAGUGGAUAUUCUUUACAAAAGAGCUGAGCUAAAAGGCAUGUCGCUGGGUAAGCCCUCAUGAAGGCGGAAGCUGG